AUCAUUAUAAAAGGACACGAGCGCUCAUCAAACUAUCUCCAGGUGCAAGAAGACUGAACUCUGAUGCAGUUUUGCAUGCCGCGUUUGAAAGCUUGGGCCAUGCAGCGGAAAUUAUAGUUUAGCUACGAGGUAACAGCGGCCAAUGGCGGAGGGCGCAGGCGGUGGAGCCGGCGAGGAGCUGUUUGUUUUGCGUGUUGCGGACGAGGCGCUCGCGGACAAGCUACACAGAGUAUUGAGAGAGGAGGCCACGGUACACGGGCAUGUGGAGCUAACAUUCCAGGAUAACAAUUUGGAUGGGGUCCUGUCGGUGGAAGGCGUGUCAUACCCCGUCAAGCUGCUCAAUCUCCCCACGGUGGUGGAGGCGUACAAAACAUACGAUGAAAUCAACAUGGUGAAGAUCAACGACAUCGGCCAGGUGCUGCUGGUGGGUCCGCCCGGCUCCUCCCUGCCCGACGGCCCCGAGGCGGCAGACGGCGUCACGCCGCCCAUGCGCAACGCGCGGCAGCGGCACUUCAAGCCGGUGCCCAAGGUGGACCCGGGCGAGGUGGCGGCGGUGGAGCGCGACCUGCUGGCGCUGCUGAGCGGCUUCGCGCCGGCGGGCAUGCGCAUCACGGACGUGGAGGAGGAGUUCGUGGUGGACGCGCACAGCGGGGCAGGCAGCUGGCAGCGUGUAGGGGCGGGCGGCGCGGCGCCGGCGGGAGGGGGAGGGGGUGGAGCAGGCGGAGGGGGAGGGGGCGGGAGGGGGAAGAAGGAUAAAGACAAGGAGGAUAAGUAGGGCGCGUGAGGAGUGGGGCAGCGUGAGGAGUGGGGCACUGGUCGAGGCCGAGGCUGGGGUUGGGGAUGUGGCAUGUGUGCGCGCUGCCGAGGCUAAUCUACCGUAUGCGUUUGCAGGAUGGGUGGUGUGUCGCUGACCCGUGGCGGGGACCUGUUAGGUAUUGCGGAACUGGCUGGCACAGCCGCGCACGAGACGUGGAGCCGCGGGCUUUCAUUGCUACAUCUGAACACGUUGGUUGAGUCUCCCGUUGUCGCAGCGAUGGCAGGGGCUGCUAACACCGAGAAUGCUGUAUUGUGGAACACGACGGGAAUCCCAGAGCGAGAGGACUGGCGUUGUGCGGAGGCCUUGGGUGUCAUGGGCGUGCGAUGGGACAGUGUUAAGGCAGGUUGGUGAAGUCGCGCAGGGUGCAGCUGAUUCCCAGACCCCAGCAGAUAGCAAACAACUUGCAACGGCAGGGCAGGAGUGCGCGGCUGGUCGAACGCCGAGUUACUGUAGUUACUGUAUAAAUUGCUGGCUGGCUGGAAAGAGACUGUCAUGGAGUGCGGGAUCACGGCACAGGAAUGAG